AUGGCUGGAGGAAAUGAAGAUAAUAAUGAAUACAUCCAAAAAAACUAUUCAUCUGGUGGAGCUGCUCAUGCUAAAUUGAAUAUAGACAUGAAUGAUUCAUUGAAGCUAUUAUGGAACACAAGUACCACAAAACUAUUGAUUUCAGAGUAUAAAAAGAGACUCGAACAGUUUCGAAACCCGAAAAUAAAAAAAAAAUCCCUAUGGGAAGCCAUUGCACAAAUAUUUCGAAAAAUUGGGUAUAAUAUUACUGUACAAGAGCUAGACUGUAAGAUGAGAAAUAUAAAACAUCACUAUAAGACUAUUAAAGACAAUAACAAAAACAAAACUGGACGUGGCAGAAUAGUAUGGGAGUAUUAUGACAUUGUAGACGAACUUUUCUUAGACGACAAAACAAUAAAUCAUGGAAAAAUAUUAAAUUCAAUGGAAUUCAGAACAAAUGCUGAAGUAACUAGCAGUACCAAAGCAACAGCUGCGAGAGGGCUGUAUCGGACCAGAGUCGAAUAUUUGGAAACUGAGAAAAGACGAGUAACUGCCAUUGAAAAUUUGGUCAAGGAAAUAUCGGAAAAUAAUAAUAUACAGAAAGAAAGAAAUGAACUAUUGAGAAAAUACCUUGGUGAAAAUUCAAGUGAAAAUCAGUAG